AUGGUGUUCCCCGGACCUGCCCCCUCUGUUCAUAAAUAUUGGCUAGCCGAAAGAAAGCCUCGCAAGGAGUUUCCAAUGGGCUUGAUUGAGAUCCGUCGAAUUAACACGUUUGGCCCGGAAGUCAAGGAUCUUAGCCACAACUCGAUUACGGUAAUUGGACGAAAAACACUCAGGGGCAUCACGGCAAUCAAAAACCUGCAACUCGAUAAUAAUCAUCUGACGUGCAUUGACGAUUUGGCUUUGAGGAGCUUUAAGGAUUUGGAAAUAUUGACAUUAAAUAAUAACAAUUUAACAUGGAUUGGCAAAGAUAUGUUCAGCAACAUGUUUCGAUUGCGUACGUUAAGACUCAACGACAAUUUAUUCCACUGCGACUGCCAGUUGUCAUGGUUGGCGAGAUACUUAAGGCAUUCGCCACGUUUGGCGCAGUACACGAGAUGCAAUUCGCCCAAUCACUUAAAGGGACAGAAUAUCGCCGAUUUACAGGACCAAGAAUUUAAAUGCUCUGGUUUGGUCGAGAAGGCAAUCAGCGGAGAAUGUAUCAGCGAACCUCAGUGCCCGCAUCCAUGUCGGUGCGCCGAUGGAAUUGUAGACUGUCGUGAGAAGGCCCUUUCAAAGGUUCCCGAUCAUCUUCCGGAUGGAACAACCGAAUUAUUUAUAACGGUCUUAAAACAAAAAGACGUUAUCUACUGGUUUUAG